AUGCCCUCGACCACACGCGAGAACAAGCGGUAUCCGCGUGCUUCCGAACACACUCCGCUUCUUCAGUCGACAUCCGAACAGCGCAGUAAUGGCACGAUUGUUUCGGCAGAUGCUUGGCAGACAGAGGCAGUCCAGCAGGGCGAAGGCGGUCCGCCUCAGGUCCCAAAUCUUCGAAAGAGCAAGGGUCAUCCAAAUGAGCUGCCAGUAGCAGCCGACAGCGAAGCGGCGGAAGAAGUAGAUCUCAAAGAUCUAGUCAGAUUCAAGAAGAAUGGAAAACUAGAAGGUGUCAGUGAUUGGCAAUUUAAAUGUGUAUUCGGUGGUAUCGUUGUAAUGUUGUUUAUUGCCAUGUUCGAUUCUACACUCAUGGCAUCGAGUCAUCCGGUCAUCACAUCUUACUUCCAUGCCUCUAACUCAGCAUCCUGGCUUUCAACUGCUUUCCUAUUGACUUCGACAUCAUUGCAGCCGCUCAUGGGUCGGCUGUCAGACACGGUUGGCCGCAAGCCGCUAUACGUGGCUGGAAUCUUCAUACUGACAGCCACUACAGCAUGGUGUGCACUUGCGCAGAGUAUCGGAAGCUUGAUCGCUGCUCGUGCAUUCUGCGGCAUUGGUGCAGCUGGUAUGUUGUCAAUGGGCAACGUCAUGACCAAUGACCUUGUCAGCAUCGAGAUACGAGGCACGUAUCAAGCGUAUAUUAACCUAUUCUAUGGCGGUGGUUCUGCCUGUGGUGCUGCCUUUGGAGGGUUUCUGUGCGAUAAGCUCGGCUGGCGAAUGACCUUUGCACUGCAGAUUCCUUUUCUCUUGCUUUUGCUCAUGAAUGCCAUCUUCACCACACCGACGUUUCUUGGCCCUAACUUGGCCAAACGCUCAGGAUUGGGAAUCAAAGAUGCGAUGAAGGGAUUCGACAUUGCCGGUUCCAUUCUCUUGAUGGGCUCCGUGGCUUUUCUCAUCUUGGGUCUCAAUCUAGGCGGGAACGUCUAUCCAUGGAAACAUCCAAUCAUCAUCAGCUCACUGGCCAUUUCGCUCAUCACAGGCGCAAUCCUCAUCCGCGUCGAAUCCCGAGCCUCAAGGCCAGUCAUGCCUCUCCCUAUGCUCUUCAGCCAACCACGCGGCAACCUCGUCUUCAACAACUUCUUUGCGCAAAUCGGCAUGAACACCAUUCUCUUCAACGCACCCCUCUACUUUCAAGCCGUCCAGCUUGAAUCCGCCUCGGUCUCGGGAUUCCGCCUCGCUGGACCUAGCGUCGCGCUCACGGUUUGCGGUGUAUCAGCAGGUGUCAUCAUGACGGCGACAGGACGCAUGAAGUGGCUCAUUGUCGUUGGCUCACUCGCCAUGCUUCUUGGUGCUGCUUGUCUAUCAUCCAUGUGGGACACGAUACCGUCAUGGCUUGCGACCAUCUUCCUCGUCCCAUCGAGUAUCGGACAAGGCUUGAGUUUCCCGGCGGCCAGCCUUGCCGUGCUCGCAACAAGCAAUCAGGAGGAGCAAGCCGUGAUGGCGAGCACCUUGAUUUUGUGGCGCAGUCUAGGCAUUGUGAUGGGUGUUUCGCUGAGCAGUCUCAUCUUACAGAACGCCUUGACGGUGUACCUGGAGCGGUUUGUCACCGGUCAUGGCAAAGACAAGGUUAUUACCUCUGCGUCACCAGCUUCCGACGCGUACGCAAAUCGGUCCGAAGUAUCAUCGACUUGGAUCCCAAACAUCAAGAUCAAGGCAAGUCAAGUCUUCAUCCGCUUCCGAAACCAUCAAUAUACACUGCUCACUCCCAGACACGCCCUAGAUGCUACACAGCCUCCAGCACUAACAUACCCCGCAGUAAUCCAAGCGUAUAGCCAGAGUCUGCGACUCGUCUUCAUCUCCGCAAUCGUCGUGUUUGUCAUUGUCAACGCAUUGGUUUUCGCAGUCGAUCUACCGCAUCUGAGGAAGCGCCAGAGUGUGCAGGAGGAUUGCGCAGACGGGGCGGAUGGGCGGGAGGAUUUGUAA